CACCUUAGCAACCGGACGCGCUGCCCCGCCCCCUUCCCGGAGCCGUGGUGCAUGGUGGGAUUGCGUCUGCCCUGGGGUCCGGGGUUCACCCUGGCUCGGUAAAAAAUGAUGCGAGAUGUGCACCUGGCACCUGAGACGGAUGAAGAUGAUCUUUAUUCUGGUUACAAUGACUAUAACCCCACCUUUGACACAGAGGAUUUAGAAAAUGAUGCCGCUUUUCAGCAGGCUCUGAGAACCAGUCAUGGUAGAAGACCCCCAGUAACGGCCAAAAUUCCAGGUACAUCAUCUUCCCGACCUUUAGCUACUGGAUUUGGGUCAAAGACAAUGUUAUCGUCAAUGGGAAGACCUAUGACAGGAGCUAUACAGGAUGGAGUUGCCCGACCUAUGACAGCAGUUCAUGCAGCUGGUUAUACUAAAGGAGCAAUGCGAGGUUCUGCAUUUGAUCCCCUUGGUCAAGGAAGAGGUCCUGCUCCCCCUUUAGAAAUGAAAAAUGAAGACAGCCCAGAAGAAAAGAUGAAACAGUUAGAAAAAAAAGUAAAUGAGUUGGUUGAAGAAAGCUGCAUUGCCAAUAGCUGUGGAGACUUGAAAUUGGCCCUGGAGAAGGCAAAAGAAGCUGGAAGAAAGGAAAGAGUGCUGGUUAGACAACGUGAACAAAUUGCGUCUGCAGAAAACAUCAACUUAGACCUCACUUAUUCGGUUCUUUUCAACUUGGCCAGCCAGUAUGCAGCUAAUGAAAUGUAUGCUGAAGCAUUAAAUACAUAUCAAGUCAUAGUGAAAAAUAAGAUGUUCAGCAAUGGAGGCAGAUUGAAGGUGAAUAUGGGAAACAUUUAUUUAAAACAGCGAAAUUAUUCAAAAGCUAUCAAAUUCUAUCGUAUGGCUCUAGAUCAGAUUCCAGGUGUCCAUGUAGAGAUGAGGAUUAAAAUAAUGCAUAAUAUUGGAGUUGCUUUUAUUAAAACUGGCCAAUAUGCUGAUGCAGUUAAUUCAUUUGGGCACAUAAUGGGCACAUCCCCAAAUCUGAAAGCAGGCUUCAACUUGAUCCUUUGUUAUUUUGCUGUUGGAGACCGUGACCAAAUGAAAAGAGCCUUCCAAAUGCUGAUUGCUGUUCCAUUGGAAAUAGAUUAUGAAGACAAAUACAUUUCACCAAAUGAUGAUCCUCAUACUAAUUUAUUGAUUGAAGCCAUUAAAAAAGACAAUUUAAGAGAAAUGGAGCAUGAAAGGAAAACCAUGGCUGAGAAAUACAUAAUGACAGCUGCUAAAUUGAUUGCACCAGCAAUUGAAACGUCCUUUGCUGUAGGCUAUGACUGGUGUGUUGAAGUAGUAAAAGCUUCCCACUAUGUAGAGUUAGCCAAUGAUCUUGAAAUAAAUAAAGCAAUUAUGUAUUUGAGGCAAAAGGACUUCAACCAGGCUGUGGAAACCUUAAAAAUGUUUGAAAAAAAGGAUAGCAGAGUGAAAAGUGCAGCUGCCACAAAUCUUUCGUUCCUUUGUUAUUUGGAGAAUGAAUUGACACAAGCAUCUAACUAUGCAGAUUUAGCUGUGAAUUCUGAUAGAUACAAUCCAUCAGCUCUUACUAAUAAAGGAAAUACUGUUUUUGCAAGUGGGGACUAUGAAAAAGCAGCUGAGUUCUAUAAGGAAGCUCUAAGAAAUGAUUCCUCAUGCACCGAAGCACUUUACAAUCUUGGUUUAACCUAUAAGAAGUUAAAUAGAAUAGAUGAAGCUUUGGAUUGUUUUCUGAAACUUCAUGCAAUCCUUCGAAACAGUGCCCAAGUUCUCUACCAAAUAGCAAGCAUAUAUGAAAUAAUGGAGGAUCCCAACCAAGCCAUAGAGUGGCUCAUGCAGCUGAUCAGCGUAGUUCCAACUGAUUCACAUGUGCUGUCAAAACUAGGGGAACUAUAUGAUAAUGAAGGUGAUAAAUCCCAAGCUUUUCAGUACUAUUUUGAGUCAUAUCGGUAUUUCCCUUCGAACAUUGAGGUCAUUGAAUGGCUUGGGGCCUAUUACAUUGACACCCAGUUUUGUGAAAAAGCCAUUCAGUACUUUGAAAGAGCUGCGCUUAUUCAACCAAUUCAAGUGAAAUGGCAGUUGAUGGUUGCUAGUUGUUACAGAAGAAGUGGUAACUACCAAAAAGCUCUAGAUACCUACAAGGAGAUUCACAGAAAAUUUCCAGAAAAUGUUGAAUGUCUGCGAUUCUUAGUUCGUCUGUGCACAGAUAUGGGGCUGAAAGAAGUUCAAGAAUAUGUGACAAAGCUUAAGAGGGUGGAAAAGCUAAAAGAAAUGAGGGAACAGCGUGUUAAAUCUGGCAGAGAUGGCAGUGCACGUGGCCGGAGAGAAGGAAGUGCUGGUGGGGAUACUGGCAGUACCAAAGGGGAGCGACUAAGUGUCAAACUAAGAUCUUUGUCUGGAGCAAACGAGCCCUAUGAAAGCAGCAGCAAUAAAGAAAUAGAUGCCUCAUAUGUAGAUCCACUUGGUCCACAGGCAGAGAGACCAAAGACUGCAAUCAGAAAAAAGACUGAAGAGGAUGAUUUUGCUGAUGAAGAGUUAGGAGAAGAUUUGCUUCCAGAAUAAUGGGCUGUACCUUCUGACAUUUCACCGUUUAAAAGUUUUGAAAGAAAAUAAUACUUUUGCAUUAGUUUUUAAUAAUGUGAAAAAUUCUGUUUUGUAUUCAUAAUGAGUUAUGUAUAAAAUGGUAGAGGUGAAAUAAACAGUUUCUAUCAUAAAAGUAA